AUGGGUAUUACCAUCCACAACAACUCGGCCCAGAACCUGGACAUCUGGACCAGCAUGGCAGGGCCUCUCCAAUGGAAUAACAACACCCCCCCGGGCACGUCGACCGUGCUGGAUCCCGGGUUGGUCUGGGUCUCUGUGAACGCCAAAGUGAACACUGGCAGCAGUGACGAGAUUGAUACUGGCACGGCAAUCGUUAGCAACCUGCUCCCCGUGGUUGGAUUUAUCAGCGUACCGGCCAUUGGCGCCCUGGUGAUUGCUGGCAUGAUUGCCGCGAAGAAUAACAAUAUCUUCUCGAACACCAUUCUGCCGGACAAGGCCAAGGAGUAUGUUGAUGCAGGGAUGGUGAAAGUUGAGGAUGGCGUGAAUAUGAACAUUGUGGAUAUCAGCGGAGUCUACGGCAGAGACAACGAUGUCGACGUCUGGGGUGGAGAAGUGUCCGUUGAAGUUAAGGGUGACUAUCUCCAUAUUACAGGCUUCAACCCUCUACAGAUAAAGGAGCGCUGA